AUGGAAUGGUCGAUGCAAGCUUCAUUCUACAACUCGCUCGCUGAAGGCUGCGCCAUACAAGCUAUUGCCGUCACCAUGCUACUCUCCAACCCACAAUCAUUACCAGCCACACUCUUCAUCCAUUACAACGAAGUAGUAGUACCAAUUUAG